AUGCGUCCAUUUGGGGACUCAAAGGCUGAUCAGGAUAAAAAGCUGUUUGUUGGUGGACUUAACCCUAAAACUGAUGAGAAUUCUCUGAAAAGUUAUUAUGAACAAUGGGGUGAAAUAAUCGACGUUGUAGUCAUGAAAGAUCCUAGGUCCCAGAAAUCUAGGGGCUUCGGUUUCGUAACCUAUAAAGAUGCGUCGUCUGUUGAUGCUGCACAAAACAAUCGCCCUCAUUCGUUAGAUGGAAAAGAAGUAGACUCAAAACGAGCUAUGCCUCGAGAGGAAACUAGUCCUGAGGUACAUGCCGCGGUGAGGAAAAUUUUUGUAGGUGCUCUGCGAAAAGACGUAACAAGUGAGGACCUGAAUGACUAUUUCUCUCAGUAUGGAAAUGUGGUUGAUGCUCAAAUAGUAAUGGCGAAAGAUACAAAUACUUCUCGAGGGUUCGCAUUCGUAACAUUUGAUGAUACAGAUGCAGUUGAUAAAGUGAUUUUAGGCCGCCCACACACUAUUAAAGACUCGAAGGCGGAUGUACGCAAAGCACUUAGCAGAGAGGAAAUGAACAAGAUGAGGUCUAAACCUGCGCCAGUAAGAGCUGAAUACAAUGGCGAUGGCUGGAAUGACCACACAAAUGGAGGUUUUCAACAACAGCCUUGGGAUCAAGGCUAUAAUCAACCAAGCAGACAGCAACAGCCAUAUGCCUACAAUGGUGCAGGCUAUGGUUAUGGUGGUUAUGAGGCAAGUUCAUCUGCGGGAGCUUGGCCUAAUACGGCCGAUGGCUUUGGCAACUAUCAGCAACAAUCCUAUGGUGGAGGUCCUAUGAGGACUGCGCCUACAGCUCCUUCGUACUCGCGUCCCGCCCCAUAUACUGGCAAUGGUUGGCAACAACGCUAA